UUACUAUUACUGUAUAAGAUGCCAUUUGACUUUCCAUUUCUACUUCGAUAUUUAUCUCCACUUCCUCAUAUCUAAUUAUUGUAAUAAAAUUUACGAAAAAUUAAAAAAAAUUUGUCUAAUUUUUCAUUUCAUAAUAAAUUUUUAAUAUUGAAAAAAAAUUAAAAAAAAAAAUACUUAAUUUUCUCGAAAAAUUGUUAGACAAAAAUUAUCUAACAAACUUCAUAUUAAUUGAAUCCUAAAUUUGCUUUUUUGUUUUAUAUUUACAAAAAUUGUAUCUGAAAAAUAAUAAACAAUUUUUUAUUAUGAAUAAUAAAGUCGAAUAUUUAGAAAAAUAUUCAGUUGCACCAUCUCCAAAUCGAGAUUAUUAUGGCAUUAAAGUUCAUUGUGAUGAGAUAAUACUUUUUUUAUGGAAAAUAUCACACGGCCCUCAUAGAACACCAGCUAUACGAGUUUCAAAAUUUUCUGAAUUUAAUAGUGAUAAAAUUUUACAAGACGAAAUAGAACGUAUUUUUGGUAAUUAUUUGCUGGAACAUGUGAGAAAUAUAUCACAAAAGACAUUGUCUCUUUUAACAUUGCCAAAAUAUAUUAUUGCAAGAGUAACAAAAUAUUUGAAAAUUAAGGACAUUCUUAAUUUAUCAACACUGUCACAUGCUUCCAAAGAGGUAUUUGAUUCCGAAAUUAUUUGGGAAUUGAUGUACAAGAAGUUCAUCAAAAGUUCAAAAAAUAAUGUACAAGUUAAAAAAUUGUCUAUGUCUUCAAAUUGGAAACAAUUAUUAAAAGAAAAACAAUUGGAAGAAUCAGUUAAAAAUCGAAUGUCUUGUGCAAAAAAUUUGACAAAUCAAAUAAAAAUAGAUGAAAAAUUGCUAAAAAAAUCAUCCCUAAAUACUGUGGCUAAUUUUGAAAAGAAAAUUUCUUUGAAAUUAGAUUCAGAUAUAAAACUCAAUUCAACAAUAAUUGUUGAUGAAACAAAAAAGAAAAUUCUUUCUAAUCAAAUUCAAAUGAUUUCCAAGGGAAAGGAUAGUAAAUUAAAUCGAUCUCAAUUUAUUGAUAAAAAUAAAAUUUUAGAAAAGAAACAAAAAACUAAUUUGAAAAUAAAAUCAAUUGAAAAUAUUAAUUCUAAAACAAAUAUUAUAAAUCAAAAAUUAAAAUCAAAUCAAAGCGAUGAAAAAUUAGAUAACAAAAAAUUGAUUCUAAAUUCAAAAUAUAGAAAGGAGAAACAAAAAAUUAUUAGUGAAAGUAAAUUGAAGAUAUAUACUGACGAUAAUUUAUUUGAAUUUAAUAAUGAUAAUUUUAGUUCUCUAAUUAAAGAGAAUCUUCAAAAAAUGAAAAGUCCAAGGGGUAUAUUUAAUUACGAUUUUAGUGUCUUAUGACAAAAAAUCAUACGGAGAUUUGAAAAAUUUAUCUUCUAAAUCUGACAUAUUGAAAAUUUACUAAAAUGAUAUUGGAAAAAUUGAAAAAAAUUCAAACAACGAAGACAUGGACAACUUGAGUCAAAAAUAUUUAAAAUCACAAUUUAUAAAAAGUAUAAACAAAAGUUUCCAAUUUUCCUUUCUUUAAAUCGAAAUAUUUUCAAAAUAAUUCUCCAUUAGGUAAAAAAAAAAUACCAAAAAUCCAUUUAUUUCGUGAAGAUCUAGGGAAAUUUAGAGCAUCAAAUUUGGUAAGCCAAAAUAAUGAAGAGGAAAAUCUAAAUUUUCUUUUGCCAAUUAUUUCAAAAUUCCGAGGUGUAAUUAAAAUUUUAAUAAAUUUGUAAUUUUUUAAUUGUAAAAUUCGUGAAAAUUUUGUAAUAAUUUUUUUUUUUUUUGUGAAAAUUGUAAAAUUUAUUUAUUUUUUUUUUAUUAGAAAAAUGAGAAAAAU